AUGAGAGCUCUGAAUGAGGAACUGAAGCAAGAAGUGAGCCAGCUGCUGCAGGAACACCCACAGGACGUUGGCUUCUUGCGGGAGAAGGUGGCCAUCUUGGAAAACCAGACUAGAGAGGAAGACUCUCCAUCCAGUCUAGUAGUUCAGCCCCUCUAUGUGGAAGGUCUCGAGAGAGAGUCUGAGAAGGAAGAGAUGUUUGCCCAACGGAGUCUAAAGCGACGGCUCCACGAGACGGAGGCCGCCCAUGCUGAGACCGUGCUGGAGCUAGAGAAGACCCGGGACAUGCUCAUCUUACAACACCGAAUCAACCGGGACUACCAGGUGAAGCAAGGGGACUGA